UCUUCAUACUAUAGUGGGCGACAAUAUACCUUUACAAAAAAACAGUCAAACAAUUUCGCUCUUUUAUAAAAUUCUCAUCUAAGGAAUCAACAGAAUAUUUUCUUAAGGAAACAACAACAACAACAAAAAUGUUUUCUAAAAUUAUUUCCCUUAGUCUUCUGGUGUUAUGUUUUAUAACAUUUGUCUCUCAAUUAGUCCUCAGCGAUUCUAAUGAUACGUCAGAAAGAGGGGUUUCUAAUCAAACGUCUGCAAGAAAGUCUUCUAAUCAUACGUCUAAAAUGAAGUCUUCUAAUCAUACGUCUGAUGAUGAUUUAAGCACUGAAAGUGAUGAAGAAAAAAUUGAAAAAUUCCUUCUUUGCCUUGAAAAUCAUGAAUUUGCUUACGUUGAUUGCUUUAGAAAUAUAGGUAUCGUCACUACAAAAGAUAUUUCAAAUAUGACUAGGGAUGAAGCUCGAGAUUUUACAUGCGCAUUGGAAAAUUCAGAGAUCAAUUGCUUCAAUCUAAAGAAUAAUGUUUACUGCAGAAAUGACGUUGAUCCUUUUCAAAAUUUGUUUAGGGAAGUCACUCCAAAUGUCACAGUUCAAUGUAAUAAUACUGGAAUUGUGAAGUUCCAGAGCGUUCAGUUUUCGAUAUAAAAAUAAAAUAGGCUAACAAAUGUU